AUGACAUGCCCUCGCAAUGUAACUCCGAACUCGUACGCGGAGCCCCUGGCCGCGCCCGGCGGAGGAGAGCGCUAUAGCCGCAGCGCAGGCAUGUAUAUGCAAUCUGGGAGUGACUUCAACUGCGGGGUGAUGAGGGGCUGCGGGCUCGCGCCCCCGCUCUCCAAGAGGGACGAGGGCAGCAGCCCCAACCUCGCCCUCAACACCUACCCGUCCUACCUCUCGCAGCUGGACUCCUGGGGCGACCCCAAAGCCGCCUACCGCCUGGAGCAACCUGUUGGCAGGCCGCUGUCCUCUUGCUCCUACCCACCUAGUGUCAAGGAGGAGAAUGUUUGCUGCAUGUACAGCGCCGAGAAGCGGGCGAAAAGUGGCCCCGAGGCAGCGCUCUACUCCCACCCCCUGCCGGAGUCGUGUCUCGGGGAGCACGAGGUCCCCGUGCCCAGCUACUACCGCGCCAGCCCCGGCUACUCGGCGCUGGACAAGCCCCCGCACUGUGCUGGGGCCAACGACUUCGAAGCUCCUUUCGAGCAGCGGGCCAGUCUCAACCCGCGCGCCGAACAUCUGGAGUCGCCCCAGCUCGGGGGCAAAGUGAGUUUCCCCGAGACCCCUAAGUCCGACAGUCAGAUCCCCAGCCCCAGUGAGAUCAAGACCGAGCGGAGCCUGGCGGGCCCCAAAGGCAGCCCCUCCGAGAGCGAGAAAGAGCGGGCCAAGACCGCCGGCUCCAGCCCGGACACCUCGGAUAACGAAUCGAAAGAGGAGAUAAAGGCAGAAAACACCACAGGAAAUUGGCUGACAGCAAAGAGCGGAAGGAAGAAGAGGUGCCCCUAUACUAAACACCAGACGCUGGAAUUGGAGAAAGAAUUUCUGUUCAAUAUGUAUUUGACGCGAGAGCGCCGCCUGGAGAUUAGCAAGACCAUUAACCUUACAGACAGACAAGUCAAAAUCUGGUUUCAAAAUCGCAGAAUGAAACUCAAGAAAAUGAACCGAGAGAAUCGGAUCCGGGAACUGACCUCCAAUUUUAAUUUCACCUGAGCUUUCAG